AUGCGGUUCAACAAGGGAGAAAAGGGCCCUGACAAGGAUGGCAAAUACUGGAUCUCUGGUGACGGGAUCGAGGCCGCCUUCAUCCCCUACGGUGCCUCCAUCACCAACCUCCUGGUCAAUGAUCAAUACGGAGUCUCCAGAGAUGUCGUUGCCGGCUUCGACAAUGCAACCCACUACAGCAUUGAUGAAGCCCACCCUCACUUUGGUGGUGUACCAGGCAGAUAUGCCAACCGAAUUCGGAACAGCACGUUCGAGAUCGAUGGCAAGAAGUACAAGGUCAAGCCAAACGAUAACCCGACACCAGAGGCUCCUGAGGGUGCAGACACACUCCAUGGAGGACCUGACGGUUGGGACUAUCGCAACUUCACUGUCGUCUCCCACACUAAGUCUAGCAUCACCUUUUCCAUUGUAGACCCAGACGGAAAGGAGGGUUUCCCAGGAGAGGUGGUUUCAUACGUCACCUACACACUUACUGGACGCGACUGGGAUAUCAAGAUUGUGGCACUGGCAACAACUAAAAAGACACCGAUCAUGCUCACCAGCCACACUUACUGGAACCUGGACGGCUUCUCCAACAACGAGACAAGCACGGUAUCCAACCACACUCUACACAUGCCCUACAGUGGUCAGCGUGUGGCUGUCGACAACAUCCUCAUCCCUAAUGGUGACAUUAUCCCAAACAAAAAGGGAUCCGCCAACGACUUUUGGAGUGAGCCCAAGCAUAUUGGUGAUCAAGAGAACAACUCUGAGCUGAAGGGCAACUGCGGCUUUAACUGCACUGGAUAUGAUAACUGCUACAUUGUCAGCCGAGAGCAGCUUGGCAAAUAUGAUUGGCGAACUGAGGGCCCUGUGGCAACUCUGUCUUCAUCCUGGUCCGGAAUUCAGCUUGACAUUUACACCGACCAAGACGCCUUUCAGUUUUACAGCUGCACACAGCAAAACGGUGCCAUUCCUCUCAAGAAGACCCAGGGACUUCAUGACUCGUCCGACUUUCCCCGUACGAUUCCCAAGUAUGGGUGCGUCGUGAUGGAAGUGCAGGAUUGGAUCGAUGGUAUCAACCAUCCAGAGUGGAUGAGAGACCGCAAGCAACUGUUUGAGCCUGGUGGUGAUCCAUAUGUUCUGCAGGCUCGAUACUCUUUCAGCCUCAAGGGCAAGGCUUGA